CUACUGUGCGGUCAGGGAGUUUUCACGUUACUCCAACGACUACUUAACUUGGAGGAAAAAACAAUGGACACCGCCCACGGAGAGCCAGCUGUGAUCAUCAUCAGAUGGUGCCAUGAUGCCUGGAGUAUGGGAAGUUUGCAUCAGGCAGCAAGAAGGCAGCUUUGGGGUCCAGUCAGUGUGGAGCGGCGGAUGGCGUGCCAGUCCAGAAGGAUGGGGAGCAGCUGUCUAUGGAAGACACCACAUCAAUCCUGCCGCGGCUCAAAAGGAACUCAAACGCCUAUGGCAUCGGGGCUUUGGCUAAGUCUUCUCUGUCAGGUGUGUCAGGUGUGACUCGCACGAUGAAGGAGCGGGUCACCAAACCCACAGCCAUGGCCCAGGGUCGUGUGGCUCACAUGAUUGAAUGGCAAAACUGGGGCAUGCAGACGGUGGGUGCAGGAGGCAUCCCGCAGUCCCGCAUCACCACCCAAGAGCGGGAAAAGGAGCGGCGGCUGGAGAACGACGCCUACAGUGACCUCAGUGACGGAGAGAAGGAGGCUCGUUUUGCUGCAGGUAUCCUGCAGCAGUUUGCAAUCUCAGAAGCAACACUCCUGGCCUGGUCAUCGAUGGAUGGAGAAAGUCCACGAUCGGGCUCAAAUCAAGGCAGCGUGGCUCAUCUCAGUGAGGUCAACCAGGAGAGCAUCACUAGUAGAGAUCAGAUGCUGCACCAGUCUUCAGUGGAGGUGUGGCCUCACACGUACGUCUCCCAGGGCCACUACUGCCUCUCCUCCUCGGACGCCUGGGAGCCCAUCAACAACGAUCCCUCUGGUGUGGCGUCUCCCCCUGCUGGCUCCUACGUUAUGGGCACUGAGGGGUAUGACGGGCAGGCGGCGGCUCACUUCUUGUCGCAGCAGCAGCAGCAGCAGUUGGCUCUCCAGCAGCAGAGCCAGCUCCAGCAGCUGCAGCAGAUCCAACAGAUCCAGCACUACCAGCAACAGCAGCUCCUGCAGUAUCAGCAACAACAGUCACUGGAGCACCGGCUGCACAGCGCCAACCACUCUUUGCAAGCGACACCUAACAGCACUAUCCACAGUUUGGUCCAUCCCGCUCACCCGCCAUUGGUGGAUCUGUGGAACACGGGGCAGAUGGAGGCCUAUCAGGCGGAGGCUGGAGGCUUCAUGGGUGUGUCGGCGGUGGUAGAGCCGAGCCUCUGUGUUCCCUCUGGAGAGGAGGUGGUGGGAACAGAACACUCCCCGCUGCUGGAGCAGCACGAGGAGGAGGAGGAGGUCAAGGAGGAGGAGGUGACACUUUGCAUGGAGCCAGAGUCAGCCAUGUUGACUCCACCAACGCAACAAGGAGACGCCUCCGGUGGAAGCAGUCCAGGACAACCGCCUGCAGAACCAAUCACAGAGCGAAAGGCUUCUGAUGUCAGCUCCGGCCUCGUUCAGACGCUAGAGGAGAAGGACGAGGAGGGACCUGCCCCUUCCAUGGCAACCAACUGAGCUCCUUGCUGUCAAGGGACUCCUUAUGACAAAAAAAACUGACCGGGGGAGUCAGCGAGGAAUGAGCGUAAUAAUAAAAAUAUAUAUCUAUUAAUCUGUCCCUUUUCAGGUAUCAACAACACCACUUUUUGGUUGCCAGAUGAAUUCUUCAGACUGGUGAGAAACAAAUUUAGAAAUGGACUCACAAUGAGACGAGAGCUGAUGCAACAAAGGACACCUAUUUCUUUGUAAGCCUUACAUCCCAAAGGUAACGGAGGAGAGGAGAGAGGACGCUGAAGAGGAGGAGGUAGAGGAGGAGCACCCACUAAUGGAGAUGUUUCCAUUAGGGAAAUGAAACCACAAGAGAAGAGGGGAACGGAACAUGCAUGCUUUUUAUGAAGACAAGCAACUCGACCCUGUCAUCGUCUUAUAAUAAUAAUAAUGAAAAUCUACUAUAAGAAAACAUUAUAACAAGAAUAAUUUUGUAAGAAAGCAAAAAAGAACAAGACAAAAAUUCUAUGUAUAAGUGUACUAUAAGAUGUAACGUUUUCCUAUUGGAGAACUACUCUGUUUACAGCUGUUACUCAACAUAUUAGUGUUUAAUCAAAUUUAGUUCCCUGUUGCGUCAAACAUACACUGUAUACUUUAAAACCCAAACAGUUCCACGUGUAAUUAAAGUAGGCUCAGAAAUGUCGGCAUUUCAGUGAAAUGCAGAUUAACCCUCAAAGAUAAAUUGAUGAUGUGGCACCACGAUGCCCGAGGCACAACCCAGGGACAGGCGCGUCCUGCUGACUGCACACACUGAACCCUGCACAGAUAAGGAUUGUACUGUAAGAUAGUGUGCUUCCUACUCUGUCUCUGUAUGCAUGUUUCUUCAGAGUACUAUGGAGUACCUGUACUAUACAGCACUGUAUAGACUUUGCACUGAACCAUAGUAUCCCGGGUGGGGCCGCAGUGGGCCUGCGGUGAGUUUUUCAUGGCGGAGGAAUAAAGACAGAGCUGCAUAAGCGAAUCUUUUUUGCACUGAUGCAAUCCUACAGAUCAGAGGUUGCCUUCGGACUGUCCAUGUUACCCAGUUCCCACUCUGAAAGCUUUCAGCACCACCGACAACCAAAACCGAGCCACUUAACAACACAAAACCCUCAGCUGCUUGUUUUUUGUUUUGUUUGUUUUUUCUUUUUUUUGUUCCACAGACGUCGCUGUGAUAAAUUGAGGAUGAUAACCACUAUUUGAAUGUACUGGAUGAAACGCUAGCGUUCGUUUUUGAUGUCUCCUCACGGUCCACAUGGGACAGAUUGAACAAGAUAAGUCUUUAAACUUGGGGAAGGAAGGGAGCUGCUGCAGAUGGAUUCACUGCUUGCUCGCCUACUCUAACACUACACACUAACACACACAAACACACACAAAUAUCUAAAUUGUAACCAGCAAUAGGCAGGCAGAACACUGGCGUCCCAACAGCCCAGUGUCAGCUCUGUCACAUAGAUGUAAAUAGUCUGAGAAUAUUUAAAAAAUCGCCUCUCACAUGCAGUCACAACUGUUCUAGUAAAGUCUGAUUUCUUUAUUUUUUUACACCUCUCAGUCCCAAUUUAUUUUGGGAUUGCUCUCAAGCUUUCAGUCUAUUAUUUUUUUUUCUCAUGUGAACCGCCGCUCAGAGACAAAUGAAACGGAGGAAUGUUUGUGUUGUAAAUAGAGCGAUUAUCACCCAUGAGAGUCCUUUAGUGGGGACACAAAGAUUCAACAGAUGUAGGUCUGAGUUACAGCCUGCGUGCCGCUCAAUCAGCCAAUCAGGGAACAGAAGAGAAGACUUGGACUGAACACUGGAGCCGAACAGAUCGGUGUCUUCCUGCUCGUCGUGAUUACUGUGAAGCAGCUGCCUAGAGUGUGAUAGUGAUUCUAAUGAUGUUUGAGGAAGCAUGUUUUCAUUUCCUUUCUUUUGCUUUCGCCUAAGGAGGUUACGGGUGUUACCCGGUGAGAAGAAACAGUUUUAAAAAACCAUGGACAGGACUGUGUGUGCAUGACUCACUGGCGAACGUUACAACAACACAACGACCACUGUUUCCAUCUUUUCUCUGUCGGGGAGCACCUUCUCCUCUCACUUUGAUGAUUGUGUGAGAAACUUUCAAGAUAAAAAACAACAAAACGAAAUGGCUUAUUGACUUGAAUGACUUUUAUUUAUUGAUUGCUUCUUUAUGCAAUGCUGGGGACAAUGUUUAUUUUUCUACUAACUUGUUGAAAUCCCCUCCAGUAUGAGUUAGAAUAGGUGUCAUGGUUGUAAAGCAGUCUUGUUUCUGUCCGGUUUUGAGCACUUUAUGGUAAAAAUAAAGCAUCACCUUGACUACUUUGUUAGGAAUGGAAAUUUGGCAGCUCUUAUUUACAAAUUAAUUUUAUUUAGUGUUAAAAAUCCCUGAUUCUGGGGCUCAAAACUGCAAACAGAAUGCCUUUACACAAUCACACGUAUUCCUUUAUUUAUUGAACAAUUACUUGGUGGGGAGGAAUAAUAUGACAGCUUGUACAGAGUAUGAUUUUAUGUAGGUUUAAACCCUUUGAGGAGCAGUGUCUAUUUCAUCGGAUUACACAUUUAAAAAGAUCACGUCUUGAAUUUAUUCAAAAACGUGAUAUUAAGCUUGAUGAAAAGACACUACUUCAAUGUGGGCUCUUUUUUUAAUUUAUCAAGAUUUCAAUGAAUGAAUAAACCAAUAAUGAGAAGCCAAAUAUAUUCCUGUGGAUGUUAAGGUUUUCUGAUUACAUCUUUGUUAACCAACUGGUGCGCAGUUCUUCUUUUUGUAAAAGUCUACUGCCAUCUUCCAAGAGUUACAGAAAUUUUCUGCAAGCAUGAUGCUCAAAAUUCUGCUUCUGGUUCUCUGCCUUUCUCCCUCACUUUCUCUUUCUAUCUCUUUGUAUCCGUUCUGUAUACUUGUGUCUGUUUGUCUGUCUGUCAGUGUAGAGUCAGUCGUCUGCUGUCUUUUUGGAAGAAUCACUGCCUGAAAAAACACAUUUUCACAUCAACCAAAGGGGAAACGAGGCAAUCAGACACGUAUCAUAGAUAUAAUUUGGUAACUUGUGGCAAGAAAAAAGAAACUGCUGUAAAUUUGCUGGAUGGCUUCUGUAAAAGUCUGUAUAAAAUUGGAUUUAUUUGUUUAAAAAUGAGCCGGUGUGACUGGUGGGACCAGUGUGCACUCAUGACACACCUAUGCAUGCUAGCUGGACAGUUGUCACAGGAUGGUUCUUCCACGUGGUCCCUUCCUACUCUUCUUCUCUCCUUUUCUGUCUCUGUUUCUCCCUUCCCCUCUUUUUCCUGCACGACACAACCUCCAACACCACCUCCUUUUCCCUGUCUCCUCUUCUUUUCCUCUGGUGGAGAAAGAGCAAAUAAACAAACCAA